AUGCCCUCUGGCAAAGCAACUGCGCUUGCAGCGGCGACACUGCUGGCGCUUCUCGUGGUCGCGCCCGCCGUUGCAUCUGCCCAGCGCUCACUCGACUGCCAAAAGGUGUGGGAUGGCCCCAGCAUCGACAACGACGUCUUAAAAUGCCUGUCCAACACCGACCGCAUAAAGGGGCAGUGGCGCUACCUUGUUUAUCCGGGGGUUUGUGCGCUGCUGUUCGUUGUGACUCUGCUGAGCUUCCCGCUUGUUUUUCUCAGCGUUGCCUGCUGUCACUCCUGCUGUCAGCCGAAGCCAGGGCGGAGCAGUGACGCGUCCCGCUGCUUUCUCUGGAUGUGGGUCAUUUACGUCGUGCUGUGGAGUGCUGCCAUGGCUGUUCUCGUGAUAUUAGGCGCCAAGCUGCUGGCGACGUCCGCCCCCAGUAUCAUUGACAACACGCUGGAUGGUCCGCUGCAGUACUUCAAUAACA